AUGCCUCCACGAAUACCCCUCGGGCUAACAGCUCAGUGCUGCAAGAUAUCGACUGAGCGGACGAGUAAUCCAUCGCUCGUAGGAUUGUUCAAUGCGCUCUCCAUUCAGUCUCGUAGCGCCUCCAUUCUUGCAAAUCUAUCCGACAACCCAGGUGCCUAUCAGAAACGUAUUCGUGUUGGUCGCGGUCCCUCUUCGGGAAAGGGCAAAACGUCUGGAAGGGGUCAUAAGGGUCAAAAGCAGCAUGGAAAGGUCAAGCCGUGGUUCCAGGGUGGUCAAACACCUUUGGUCGUUCAGAGGGGAAAGCUUGGAUUCGUGAACCUACAAGCGCCUGUCAUGUCUGAAGUCAACCUCAACAAGCUGCAAGAUUGGAUCGACGCCGGUCGUAUCGAUGCCACGAAGCAGAUCACGCCGAAAGAGUUAAUAGAAUCUAACCUUGUUGGAACGAUCAAGGACGGAAUCAAGUUAUUAGCAAGGGGGGCAGAUAUGCUGAAGCAGCCGAUCGAUAUCGUCGUUUCUCGUGCGUCAGCAGCGGCCAUUGAUGCAGUAGAGAAAGCAGGAGGAAAGAUCAUGACACGAUACUAUACCAAGCAUGCUAUAACACGGCUGGUGCAGGGCAAGAGUUUUCACACUGACAAGCCCUUACCUACCGGCCCAGAGCAUGUACAGCCGGUCCUGGAGGAGGUCCGCAAGAAGGGGUUUUCCUACAGACUGCCGGACCCGACGGCUCGUUGGGAUAUCGAAUAUUACCGUGACCCUGCGCACCGGGGAUAUCUGAGCCACACAUUGAAGCCUGGCGAGUCGCCAAGUUUGUACUUCAGGGUGCCGCCGGCGAAGAUUCUCAAGCGGCAGAAGAAGGAGAAGGGAACUACACAGGAAGACACGAAACUUUUGACAGGAACAAAAAUCGCUUGUCAAACCGGGACCAUGUCUCUCUUUGGCACCACCCCUCCAAACGAAACCUUGUCCUCCGGUAAUCCAAGCAUGGCGCGAUCUCGAACGUCCUUAUUCGACGAUGAUGGUCCUAUGACUCGGUCGACUUCGGAUACCCUCUUCAAUGAUGAUGAAUUUGGCAGCGGUAGAGCUUCGCCGUGGGAUAUGCCGACCCCUAGGAAACAACAAUCGCGUGCCGACCUUCUUCGGAGACUCCUUGACGGCGUCGAUGUACCAGAUAGCUAUAUGGAUGCAUUCGAUAAGGCUGUACAAGAGGAUGGAAGCGCCGGCAAGGUCACGUCGCCAGGCGUCACUAAGACGCUUGCCGCAGCUAAGUUAGGUGCCGACGACCAAGCGCAAAUAAUGAGGAUACUCGCGCCGGGUGGUAGCCUUGAUACGAUGGGUCGCAAUGAGUUUAACGUGCUAAUGGCUCUUAUCGGCCUUGCGCAAGAAGGUGAAUCUAUAAGUUUGGAUGGUGUUGAUGAGCGAAGACGUAACUUGCCGCAAGCCCGAUUAUCAUCAACGUUGGCCAAGAAAUCCAUCAUUCUAGAUACUGCAGAACUUGCAGCAAAACCACCGCAGCAGCCCGAAAAUCUACCUAUCCCCUUCGGUUCGCAAUCCCGAGGAAGAAAAUCAUCUAUGGACGGUCCCGACGACGACCCGUGGAGUUCAGCCGAUGUCCACAAACACCAUAAUCACGGAGAGUCGCCCAAGACUAACGGUGCUAACCAUGCUAAUCUGCUGAACGGUAAUGGUUACGGAAAUUCUGAUGCCCCUGAUAUGCACUCUCGCACGACCUCCAACUUUACCACUUCUACAAUGGCUUCAGCCGGUGGCGCUGGCUCUCAAUCUGCUGGCGGCUCCGUAUCUUCGCAUCCUGCUGGCUGGGGAUAUUUUGACGGAAACAACGCAGGAAGCCUCGGCGAAGCAUCUUCACAUAGCCCGACAAGUCCUUUUGGAGUUCCGGGUGACAGAGAAGGUCGCGAUCCGGGUCCUAACGCAACCAUUGGCCAUUCUAGGACCAUUAGUGGUGGUCGGUCUGGCAUUGCGGUUGAGGAGAACAUCACGGUUUCGCUGAUGCCGGAAAAAGAAGGCGUAUUCUUAUUCCAACACCACAAUUACGAAGUUACGAGUUCGCGACGUAGCAGCAAGGUUAUUCGCAGAUAUAGCGAUUUCGUAUGGCUACUCGAUUGCUUGCACAAAAGAUAUCCAUUUCGAGCAUUGCCUCUACUUCCACCAAAGAGAGUUGCAGUCAAUGGCAAUCACCUUUCCAACGACGGCGCAUUUAUCGAGAAGCGAAGACGCGGCCUAGCUAGGUUCCUGAACACACUAGUCCGACAUCCUAUCUUAGGCCAGGAACAACUUGUUAUAAUGUUCUUGACUGUCCCAACGGAACUUACGGUAUGGCGCAAACAAGCGGCAAUCUCGGUGGUUGAUGAAUUCAUUGGCCGGCCGCUACCGCCUGGCCUUGAAGAAUCCCUGCCGCCCUCGCUGGAGGAGCUUUUCGAGCGCACUAGACAGGGUGUUAAACGGUCUGCCGAAUUGUACAUCUCGACUUGUAACAUCAUGGACCGUCUUGUGAAGCGGAGCGAGGGUGUAGCAGCUGAUCACGCUCGCUUGGCUAUGUCUCUUACAUCCCUCACCGAAGCGAGCUCGGACACAUACGCUACUGAUACUAACGACGUACCUCUUCUGAAUGACGGUCUAGUCGCUAUGAGCCGACACUUGCAAACGACCCAAAGCUUAAUGGAGGAUGAAAGCAAGGCAUGGGAUGCAGGUGUGUUAGAGGACCUGAAGAGGCAGCGCGACGCACUCGUCAGUAUUAGGGACCUAUUCGACCGAAGGGAAAGGCUAGACAAAGACAACAUCCCGUAUUUAGAACGGAGGAUCCAUAAUAAUGAGACGAAGCUCGCGGGCUUACGAACUAGGCUAGAUGUCAAGCCAGGAGAUAUUGAGAAAGUGGUUGAAGCUAUUAUAAAGGUCAAAGAAUCUAUCGUCAACCAGCACAACCGUUCUAUAUUUGUGAAAGAGUGCCUGCGUGACGAACUUGUCUAUUUUCAGCAGACACAGUUCCACGUCAGCCGAUGGAACCAAGACUGGGCACAGGAGCGUGUCAAGUAUUCAGAGAUGCUGGCUGACAAUUGGCGUCGUCUGCUCGACGAGCUCGAGGGUAUGCCCCUUGGCGACUAG